CGCCAGGCGUUUCGCCCUGCGGAGUCGAGGGACGAAUGUCCGGCCACGAUCCCUAAUCACAAUUCAUCACAACGGGCGUUUCUCCCUGCACGAUCGCUGCAACAGGAUGGUCUUGAAUCUACCUGGUCACGAUCGUGUAUGUGUGUGUUGGGAAUUAAUGUGGCCCUAUGUAUGCGGUAUGCGGAAUGCGCUGCGCUGCACUGUACUGCACUGCACUGCACGGCGACGCUACCACGACGACGACGACAACAACAUCAUCAACACAACGAUCAACCUUUCGGCGCCAGACGCCCGUUGAGCGCAAAUUGAGUGGAUUUGGCCGCCGCCGCUGCCCGGAAACCAUCCACCGCCCUAGCGACUCUUGGCAUACAAAUGUCGCGUCCUUGGCGGAGGGAGAGAUCGACGCGCCACGCUCGCUGUGUAUCUCUCCGUCCGUUGGUCUGUGUCCUCCUUUGCGUCGGAACUACAGGACGACCCACUCGUCAUGAUCAUCGAUGGUGAUGGAACUACAGGGCAGAUUUAGCGAAAAGUCAAGCUCAGCCAGUCACCUUGCAGUCCUGCUUCAUCACAGAGCUGAACAAAUACGUGCAUUUUCGAGGUGGACUUGACUUUGCAGGAGACGCUAUGAUCGCGAUGCGG